AUAUACUCAUAUCGGCUCUCGCGUCUUAAAUCAGAAGAGUGGAGCACAAUUAGGGUUAGGGUUAGGGCUUCUCCCUUCCUGGCAAAAUCAUCCCUUUGAGCCGCCAUUGAAGAUGACUGGUAAGGCGAAACCAAAGAAGCAUACAGCGAAGGAGAUUCAAGCGAAGAUCGAUGCUGCGUUGACUAAUCGCGGCGGAGGAAAAGCUGGAAUCGCUGAUCGGACCGGAAAAGAGAAAGGAGGUCACGCUAAGUACGAGUGUCCACAUUGCAAAAUCACGGCUCCGGAUCUAAAGACGAUGCAGAUCCAUCACGAAUCCAAGCAUCCUAAGAUCAUUUAUGAGGAAUCAAAGCUCGUGAAUCUCCAUGCUGUUUUAGCACCAGUAGCUGAAUUGAAACCUAAACCUGGUAUCAGGGGAAGCUUGAAGAAGUAACUCUAUGUUUCAAUUUUAUCAAAAUUUGUUAUCUUUUGAUUUUGAAGAUUGUAAUGUGCUACUUUUUGCCCUCAAAUCUAUCAUGUAGUUGAUGAUGUUGAUGUCAUUUGGUUUAGCUUUGUAGUUUCAAUAUCUUACAUAACAUUUUAAGGGCAAGAA